GCGCUGGAGCUGUGAGUGAAGAUGGCGGACGAGGAGGCCGAGCAGGACCGCAGUCCUGAGAACAGUUACAGAGAGACCAUAUCUGCACUCCAACAGCGUCUGACAGAAUUGCAAGAAAUAUUGGUGAAAAACAGCGAAGAGUCGCCAGACCCGUCUUCAUCGGAGUAUUGCCAGGAAUUGUGCAGGAUAUUUGUGGAGUAUGCAGGUCGCUGGAAAGUAGAUGAAGAGCCAGUGCCACUACUGGAAGUGUAUAUUGUUGCCCUGCUGAGUUACGCCCAGGCCUCCCCCCAUCUCUCCCUCCAGUGUGAAAAUGUUCCACUCGUUGUUGAAAGGCUCUCUCUAAGUUUUGUAGAAUUACUCCUGUCCUUGAAAGAGGAUGUUAUCCCUGAAGACCUGUGGAAGUAUUUCCAACAGUCAGUCAAGUCUGCCCACAGCAAACUUCAGGAGAAUGGUAUCAGUCAGCUUGGCACCCUCUCAUUGCUGGCACAGUAUGACGGCGUGUGGACCAACAUUGUUCUACAAGAAAUCUUGUCGAAUGAGAAGCCAUCGCAGGAUCAAGUCGAGGAGCUCCUUGUGCAGGAGGGACCAGUGCUGCUUCAGAUGAGGGUCAAGCAGCUGAUGAAGGACUCUAAGAUGGACAAAGCUGCAUUGCUGGCAAAGGCGUGUGCUGACUGUUCAGCGUUUAAAGAACUGACUCACUUCAAGUCGAUAUACCUCGUCUCCAUCUGCUCUACCACUGACCAGGAUCACUUGAUGGAAGAGCUUGCAAAAGAGGACUGUCAGAAUGCCUUGGAGAUGAUCUGCAACCUGGAGUCAGAAGGAGAUGAAACAUCAGCUUUCAGUUUGUGCUCAGCUUUCCUCACAAGGCAGCUUCUUCAAGGAGAUAUGUACUGCGCCUGGGAGCUCACCCUGUUUUGGAGUAAACUGCUGAAGCGAGUGGAGCCAUCGGAACAAGCAUUCCUGGACAAGUGCCGCCAGAUGUCCUCAUUUACUAAGUCAGUGUUCCACAUUCUGUUCCUCAUCAAAGUCGUCCAGUCGGAGAUGGAGACUGUGGGACUGCCUGUUUGUAUUGAAAUGUGCAUCAGAGCGCUGCGGAUGGAGUCGAUUGAUGGCAACACGAAGGCUACAGUUUGUAAAACCAUUUCUUGUUUGCUUCCCACUGACCUGGAAGUCAAGCGGGCCUGCCAGCUCACCGAGUUUUUACUGGAGCCAACAGUGGAUUCUUACUAUGCUGUUGAAACUCUCUACAACGAACCAGAUGAAAAGCUGGAUGAGGAGAGCAUGCCUGUCCCAAACUCUCUUCGCUGUGAACUGCUUCUGGUCUUUAAAACUCAAUGGCCUUUUGAUCCGGAGUUUUGGGACUGGAAAACUCUUAAACGUCAGUGUCUUGCACUAAUGGGAGAGGAGGCUUCGAUAGUUUCCUCAAUCGACUUGCUCAACGAUGAACCUGAGGAGGAGGAAGAGGCUGAGUUUUCCUGCUACGGUGACAUGAAAGGCGCUUUUGAAAAUAUGAUCAGUGACCGAAACGAUGUAGCGGACGAUAAAGAGAAGAAACGUGAAAUGAAGAAACUGAGGGAAAAGGGUUUCAUAUCUGCUCGCUUCAGAAACUGGCAAGCGUACAUGCAGUACUGUGUCCUCUGCGACAAGGAGUUCCUUGGCCACAGGAUCGUACGUCACGCCCAAACCCACGUCAAUGGUGGCGAAUACACCUGUCCAAUCUGUGCACAAACCUUCCCCUCAAAAGACACUUUGCUUCCCCAUGUCACUUCCCACGUCAAAGCGUCCUGCAAGGAGAGACUGGGUGCCGUCAAGAGCCACAAAAAGCUAACCAAGCCCUCGCUUACGAAAUCUGUUCCAUCAUUAAGCUUCAAGGCGGAAAAUAACUAUCACAAAAAUGGAGGUUCACAAAAGAUGGACAUGUUGCUUCAGCCACAAGCUCGCUACAAAAUGGACAUUAGCGAGAUAAAUGUUUGUCCAGUGGGUGAUUGCAAAAGGAGUUUUAAGUUUUUCAAAAAUCUCAUUGCUCAUGUCAAGACUCAUGCGGAUGAUGAAGAGGCCUUAUCGUUCCUGGAAAUGUAUAAGAGAAAGGUAGUGUGCCAGUACUGCCGACGGCAUUUCAUCAACGUCGCGCAUCUCAACGACCACUUGCAAGUCCACUGUGGGGCGAAGCCUUACAUCUGCAUACAGCUCAACUGCAAGGCUAGUUUCGAGUCCAACAAUGAACUUUACGCUCAUAGAAAAAUUCACUCCGUUUUCAAGGCUAAAUGUAUGUUCCCGAAAUGCGGGAAAAUAUUUAAUGAGGCCUUCAAAUUGUACAAUCACGAAGCCUGCCACUAUAAGACUUUCACUUGCAGUGUAGCAGAUUGUGGUAAGGUGUUUCACACGCAGCAGCUCCUCGAAGUGCACGUUAUGAUGCACAGCACUCGUGACACCACUCCCGCUAAAGACACCCCAGACCCUGGCCCGUCACUUAUUAAACAAAUGCUCAUUGCACCCCCUAAACAUGCUAACUUGAACACUGAGCCGCCUGUAAAUCACAGGGAAAUUCCACAUGCUGAUGAGUCUUUACUGAAGUCAGAAGUGUCUACCCCGAGCACUGAGGAACAUUGCAAAACAGAGGCACUAGAUACUCCUGCAAUGACGGAUCGGAUCCAAGGUUCAGUGCCUGCUGUCAUUCAGCCUGUAAAUUCCAUUUCUGCUGAGAGCAGUGUCCAUAGAGACGCAGCACCUUGUCCUUCAGCAAAUUACAGGAUUCCCCAGUCAAAUGUUGAUGCGGAUCCAAACCAUUCUGAUUUUCAUUUGUCGCACAACUAUCUUCCUUCUGCUGCCCAAAACCAACCGCAGAAUUUCAUGAGUAAUAGAACCACUGAUCCCCCUAUUUAUGACACAAGUCCUUGCAUGAUGCCUCAAGCUUCAGCGACAAUGUGCAAUAGCAAUGUUUUACGAGCCGCUGCACCACAGAGGCCCACACAGCCUGUGUUGUCCCAACCACUGCCUUCCACUGGCAUGGUAGCGCCACAACCACAAGCUGCAAUGCGACCUCAAACCUCCACACCCGUGAACAGCACGGCUCCCAUCACAGUGCAGAAGGAGCGGUUUCACUGCGCUUACGAAACCUGUUUCAAACAUUACAGCUCACACAAAAAUGUUAUUAAACACAUGAAGUCUAGUCAUCCAGACUUCUAUGAACAGUGGAAGCUCAUUCGCGGUAAAGUCAAGACGACCUUUGUCACAGUAGCCAUUCCCCCUCCUGCUGGUAAAGUUGGUCCAGUUCUAAACUCGCCAGGAAACAUCCCUGGGCCAGAAGUUCAGAGGCAAAAUGUCAUCCAUUCCCCUACGUAUAGCAAUUUUCCUGCAAGUGGGAGUCAUUCCAGUCAGCCUCCAUAUAUCCCAUCUCACAACCGGAACACACCUCUGUUAAUGAACACCCUCAAAAGCCCUCCUGUUCCUCCUCCGCAUACGAUGGAUACCAGUCUGAUCCCUCCACAUGUCAAAGUUGAAGAUGCUUCAAAGUGGAGCUCAGUUAAUCCAAGUGACCGAAGUGAAAACCCUUCCCAGGUGUAUCCGUCAAGCCUGCAAAGUUUACUACAAGUGGAUUCCAACUCAUCCUCUCUGGCACUCAAUGUGCCGCCACGCGCUCCCGCUGACUCAUUGAUACAGCACUCACAGAUCUUGUCAGCGCCGGAUGCUCCCAUUGCCCCUCGUUUAUCACAGACAAAAAGCUGCACCAAUCCUGUAUCAAAUAAACCAGGAAGUACUGAGGCAACUCGACACGAGCAACAGCCCAGGUUCCCUACCAUGGCCCAAAAAGAUGAUAAAGGAAUAAACCUGCUUUUGAGUGACCCCUUCAACCUUGCGAAUGAUCCUGAGCAUCAAAAGCGAAUGAAAAGAAGCAAACGGUCUAAAUGGCCAGCCAUAUUGAAGGAUGGUAAAUUUUUUUGUUCCAGGUGUUACAGACAGUUUAAUAGUCCAAAAUCCCUCGGGGGGCAUCUGUCUAAGCGAUCGAGCUGCAAACCCUAUGAGGAUUCCGAACUGAGCGCUGACCUACCAGCAUCUUUUUUAGAGCUACUCAAUUCAGAAUCUCCCAUGCAUCCUUCAACAUUAGCUCCUCCUGCUUCAUAUCGGAACGAGACUGAUCCAUCAAUACCGAGCGGACCGAUCAAUGACAAACCUUUUGCUUCUGUUAAUUAUUCAGAAGAGAAGAUGGCAGACUGCGACAAAGGUCAGUCCACUGAAGACAUUCUGAAACAAAUCAUGAGGGACUCUAAUAUGGCCAAUCCCUUUGUGCCCCCAACAAACGCGCAGCAUUGUUACCCAACACCUAAUGUACCGUAUGGUGUUGCAGAGCACCUGCCUGGAAAAUCGGUCAUCCAACAUACAGAGAAUGUCCUGCCGAAGCGUGACAACAAUUUGUUCAGCAAAGCUCUUUACCAGCAAAGUAUGAAUGCUCUCAGUGCAAGUGAAUUUCCAGACGCGCGUCUGUCACAAAUCAAAACAGAAAGCAAUACUCCCGCUAGUCACUUUGGCAGUCACUCCGAACAUGAGCCAGCAAGGCAGAGCCAGCGUGUCACUUGCCAUCCUGGGAAUCCCAGUCAGAUACCUGACUCAACAGCAAAUCCCUUGCAAAAUAGCAAGGGUGGUCAAGCUGUGACAUGGGGCCGGCAAGCGCUGCCCCAUGUUAAAACUGAGGAACAAGAUGUCAAAGAGAGACUACGGGAGCAGAUCUUGUCUGGAACCUUUCAACUCAGAAACCGUUUGCAAGACAAAAAUAUCUCUAGCCCCAGUGCGUCUUGCAUCCUAGCGAGCAGCUCCAGUGCUCCGUUUGUCAGUCAAUUAUGUAGUGCUGAGGAGCGCAGCACACCUGCCAGGGUCCUCCCUGAAAAAAGCCCCAAACCGUUUGUCCCAGUCAAUGACUCAAACAAUUCUUUCAUGAAUCAAGUGUCACGUGAUGACAGCCCACUCACUACAUGCAGCACAGACCUUGAUGCUGCCACCAAAUUUCCCUUCGUCUCCAUGAGCACCUCCAGCACUUAUUUUUGUGAUCAAAUGUCGCACAGUGAAAAGACUUGCGAAGCAGUUACCUCAGUUCCCAAAGGCUUAACAAACUCUCCUUUCGCCUCUGUCGGCAGCUUCAAUAGUUCUUUCCUUAGUCAGAUGGCGUGUGUUGACAACGCUCUUGCCGCAACCAGUACACAGCCUGAAGGUGUUGCGGACCCAUCUGUGUCUGUGAGCAACUCUAGCAAUCCUCUGCCUAAUGUACUCUCUUCUGAUGAAAACAGUAGCGCAGAGCCUGAAAAACCAAGCUCCUUAUCUACUGACCUUGAACAGCUACUCGGGAGUCAAAGCUUCAGUGGCUUUAGGGAGUCUGCAGCCCCCCUGCAGGAGCUGCUAAGCCCUACAGGCACAGUGUCAAUGGAAGCAGACACAGAGCCAACGCAGUUGUCCAGCAGCCAGCUUCAGUGGAUGGCCGAAAUCCAGAGUGCAUUUGAGCGACUCAACCUGCUGAAAGAGUUGAGCGAUCUGAGCCCGACCUCCAGGAAAGCUACAUGCAAUGACCAAAGCUAUCUGAAUCAAUUGGCAAACAAGUUGCAUUCCCCUUCCAAGUCUGUCUCACAUAAACCUUUUGUGUGCAAUUACGGUGACUGUAAUUUUGGCACCAUUUCUGGCGAAUCAUUUUGGAAACAUCUUUCAAAAAGCCACAACUACACAAUUGAUAUGAUCAAUGAAAUCAAACGAAAAAAUGGGCUGUAUGCUCCUUUUAAGUGCCUCAAAUGUAGUAAAACGUACACGCGAAACUCUAAUCUCCGAGUUCAUUACCAGUCUUAUCAUAAAUUAUCUGCAAAUGAAAUCUCAGAGUUGGAUGUGAGGCGGCGGAGUACCAAGUCUACAGAGGUGGUCUCGCUUCCAGGCCAGCCGGCCUCUACUGUCAACCCAGCCAAUACACAGAACACAGAACCCUCAAAUGAGAAGCCGCCAGAGCCAUGUCCAGUCAAAAAUGAAGUCAAGACAGAAUACCAACCAGGUGCAAUCAUACCCCAUUCCAGCAUGGACACAAAUAAACCCAGCAGUUUCGACAACAGCUGCCCUCCUGCUGGACUGCCUACCUCAUAUCCUACUACAUCAAACUCCUCCAUAUCAACAUUUCACUCGGCACAUGGCGGGCCUGUCACAGUACACUGGGCUAACCAACCAGAGAAGCUUCUGCCCAGGAUACCGCAACAGUUCUUGAGCAGCCAGCCGCUGGGAGACAGUUUGGCCAGUGUUCCUGGUCCCUGUCCUCCAUCUGUUCCCUCUCAUCCUCCUGCCCCACGACCUUGGCCUUCAGAACAGUUGUCUGCCAACAAGCUGGAAGUUGUAAAUCCUGACGUCCGCUGCAACAAAAAGGCGAAAGAUAAAAAGGCAAAACCCAAUGAGGAUGCAAAUAGUCCGUACCGACCCUACCGCUGCGUUCACCAGGGCUGUGUGGCAGCUUUCACCAUCCAGCAGAACCUCAUCCUGCACUACAAGGCUGUGCACCAGUCCGCCCUGUCCGCCCUCACCGUCAAUGAAGAGCAAGAGCAGAGUGACACAUCAGAGGGCGCGAUGGACCUGGAGGAUGGAACCGAGGACGGGUUAGAUGUCGAUUUGCCCAUCAUUACUGAAAUGAGAUGUCAAGUGAAAGACUGCUCCAGACUCUUCCAAGACGGUUCCAGCUUGUUGCAGCAUUACACUCGACUCCAUGAGUUCAGCGUCGAGCGAGUCAGUCGUUUCUUCACCACUGGCAAGCUCGGGAAAUUUGAAUGCGGCUACCUAGCAUGCAAGGCCACCUUCUCUUCCUAUUGGCCGUACAUUGCCCAUGUGAAAGAGCAGCAUAAAGAUUUCAAGCUUCGCAACCAUGAGAAUCUCAACGGCUCCUUUAAGUGCGAGAUCGAAGGCUGCGAUCGAAGAUACACGACCAAGUCCAACAUGCUCAGGCACGUCAUGAAAAACCACCACAAGUUCUAUCAAAGUAAAGGCCACCUCAUGAAGGACGAAGGGAUAAAGCAGAACUCCAAUGCCUUUCAUCUUCAAAUCACUAAGACGAGCAAUGGAAAGGAAAAUAUCGAAACCAAUAAAAAGUUCCCCCAAAAGAUGCGUGAUGGGAAAAAAGGGAAGAAAAAGAUCAGUCACUGGACAAAUUAUGGAAAACCUUCCCUCAAGUCCAAAGUGGAGGCAGCAGCGAUGUGUAACAAGCCCUUUGCCCUGCAGUACCCCUGCAUGAUCAAGGGCUGCGAGGCCGUCAUGAAGUCGGAGAAACGCAUCUUGAAACAUUACAUCGAUCACGGCCUUUCCGAAAAAUACCUAGAGGAGCAGAGAAGUGGCUUCAUAUUUUGCAAAAAGUCCCCCAAAUUCAAGUCCCGUCAUCAGCGAAAUGAAGAGUCCAAAUCAGAAAACGGCUCAGAACUGUCUGACAAUGAGUUCCCAGCAGACGGGGCGUCAGAGGUCAAUGCCGUUGUGGACGGGUACUCCAAACCCCUGCUACGCAAGAGGGUCCCCGCUGCGGCUGUGAUACCAAUACCCGUCGAGGUCAAAGGGGAGAAUGUUGACAAAGAUGGCAACGAAGUAGUGAAACGCAAACGUGGGCGCCCCAGGAAAGUCAAGGACUCAAAUGAGAAAAGGAAGAAAAUUUCUCAUCCUCCCAAUGACCAGAUCAUUCCCCGCAAAGAGCCCAGCAGCUCCUCCGUGGCCCUGAAGGCGAUGGUGAACGACGUCACUUCUUUGUCCUCAUUCAAACCCAUGGGAUUCGAGAUGUCUUUUCUCCAAUUCCUGGAGCAAACCAAUAAGCCUGAGGUUCCCCUGGUUGCAAAGGUGGAAUUGACUGAUGUCUGCAAAAGGGUCCCGGGUCUGUUCGCCAAAGACACGUGUGUUCUCUUCAGCAACCCUCAGAAUUUGAAAUCGCUGAGCAACGUCCGAGUCGUCAUCGACAAGGCUUACUCCGGAGCCGCCCACAAGGUUCUGAAGCAGAUCCAAGACAUGCGUCCUAAAGUGGUGUUAAAGAGAACCGUCAGCUUGUAACUUAAGAUUGGAAAAAAAGUGGUGCCCAUCAUGAUCUUUUUAUGUACUGCGUGAUUGAUAAAAUGCUGUAAUUAUAUUGUUUUUUCAUUUUUUUUUUUUUUUAAUACUCAAUGUAAAGCAUGUUUUUAUUUAUGCACCACACAGUUUGGGUUUUAGCGUCUUUAUAAUCCCUGUGGGACAAACGGACAUGGACAUUGUGAUGUUUGUAGAUUGUGAUUCAAAAUGUGUUGUGUUAAUGUAUAUAAUUUGCAAUCACGCGAAGCCACCAGCAGUCUUACUGUUAUUAAA